GACACUGAAAGGCAGCUCAGAUGGGCACUGAUAUGUGCAUUGAUGUGCACUGGUAGGCACUGAUAUGUGGCAUUGCAGGGGGCGGACUGACAACUCAUGGGGCCCCCGGGCAAUAGGGGAUCAUGGGGCCCUUGUGUCCUUGCCCAAACUCAAAAAAGCCUAUGAAAAAGGUACCAGGGGCAUCUCAUGGGGCCCCCUACUCACCCCGGGCCCUCGGGCAGUGCCCAAGUUUCCAAAUGGUCAGUCCGCCCCU